UGCUGCCUCUCUGUCUCUCUUCGCGGACUCUCUGCUGAUUCAACAAAGAAAAUUACAUGCUGCUUUCUCUCAAAGCUUUUCUGAAAGCAGCCAGGAGCCUUAGCAGAAGUGAAAAAUUGGCCUUGCUGCUGAAGAAGGCACACUGUCACGCUCACACUGGUGUAUUCAGAUUCCUCAAUAAGGGUGCCUUGCCUUGGACUGGACCCUGGUACCACCAAUCUGGCAUCUCCAGCUUUCCCUUUCCAGCAGCUUUGCAUGUUUGCCAUCUGACAUCCUUGUGCCCUGCCUCUGAGAUGGCAGAACAGCGGUACUGUGUGGACUAUGCCAAGCGAGGCACUGCUGGCUGCAAAAAGUGCAAAGAGAAGAUCCUCAAGGGGAUGCUGCGCAUUGGAAAAGUGGUACCCAAUCCCUUCACUGAAUCUGGCGGGGACAUGAAGGAGUGGUAUCAUGUCAAGUGCAUAUUUGAGAAACUGGAGAGGGCUCGAGCCACAACAAAGAAGAUUGAAGAUAUCACAGACCUGGAAGGCUGGGAAGAACUGCAGGAGGCUGAAAAGGAGAUGAUCAAUCAGCACAUCUCAGACCUUUCUUCCAAAACUGCAAACACUCCAAAGAAAAAAGCUAUAAUCCAGACAAAGAUUUCUCCUGGUGGACAAAUAACAUCCCCCAAGAAAAUGCCUCUGGUUUCUUCAAAUCCUUCACCAAGGAAAUUUUCAAGUUUUACAGCAAAGUCAGGCACUUAUGAAGAAACAUCCAGCUCUGGCUCUUCCCACAAGCCCAGCUUGUCCACCGAGAAGUGUGAUCCAAAACACAAAGACUGUUUGCUGCGGGAAUUCAGGAAGCUGUGUGUAAUGGUGGCUGACGAAUCCAGUUACAAUGUCAAAACUCAAAUAAUUCAGGACUUCUUACAGAAGGGAACCAGUGGAGAUGGCUUUCGAGGUGAUCUCUACCUAACCAUCAAGUUACUCUUGCCUGGAGUCAUUAAAAGUGUUUACAAUUUGAAUGACAAGCAGAUUGUCAAGCUCUUCAGUAGGAUAUUCAACUGCAGCCAGGAAGACAUGGUCCGAGACCUUGAGCAGGGUGAUGUUUCAGAAACCGUGCGGAUCUUUUUUGAGCAAAGCAGGUCUUGCCCUCCUGCUGCCAAGAGCCUUUUGACAAUCCAGGAAGUAGAUGAGUUCCUGACACAGCUAUCGAAACUUUCCAAAGAAGAGGAGCAGCAGAACCUAUUGCAAGAAAUUGCAUCGAGGUGCACCGCUAAUGACCUGAAGUGCAUCAUUCGACUGAUUAAACACGACUUGAAAAUGAAUGCUGGCGCAAAACACGUACUUGAUGCAUUGGAUCCCAAUGCUUAUGAGGCUUUCAAAGCAUCCCGAAACCUCCAUGAUGUUGUGGAGAGAGUGCUGAAGAACCAGCAAGAAUCUCAGCCAGGCAUGAAGAAAAUUCUUAGUGUCCAGGCAGCCCUGAUGACCCCAGUUCAGCCCAUGCUGGCUGAAGCUUGCAAAUCGAUUGAGUAUGCCAUGAAAAAGUGUCCCAAUGGCAUGUAUGCAGAGAUUAAGUAUGAUGGAGAGCGCGUCCAAGUGCACAAAAAGGGAGAUCAUUUCUGCUAUUUUAGCCGCAGUCUGAAACCUGUUCUCCCUCAUAAGGUGGCUCAUUUUAAGGACUUCAUCCCGAAGGCCUUUCCAGGAGGGCACAGUAUGAUCUUGGAUGCUGAAGUUCUUCUGAUUGACACCAAGAUAGGGAAGCCUCUGCCUUUUGGGACGCUGGGAGUGCAUAAGAAAGCUGCUUUCCAGGAUGCUAAUGUUUGCCUUUUUGUCUUUGACUGCAUCUACUUCAAUGACGUCAGUCUGAUGGACAGGCCUCUGCGUGAGCGUCGCAAAUUUCUCCAUGAUAACAUGGUGGAAAUUCCCAACCGAAUUCUCUUUUCAGAGAUGAAGCAUGUCACAAAAGCUUCGGACCUCGCCGACAUGAUCAACCGAGUCAUCCGGGAAGGGCUGGAGGGAUUAGUGCUGAAAGAUGUGAAGAGCAUUUAUGAACCAGGAAAACGCCACUGGCUCAAAGUGAAGAAGGACUAUCUGAAUGAGGGAGCAAUGGCAGACACAGCAGACCUGGUGGUUUUGGGUGCCUUCUAUGGCCAGGGGAGCAAAGGUGGGAUGAUGUCCAUCUUCCUCAUGGGUUGUUACGAUCCUGACAGCCAGAAGUGGUGCACAGUGACCAAAUGUGCUGGCGGACAUGAUGAUGCCACACUUGCUCGGCUGCAGAAAGAACUGGACAUGGUGAAAAUCAGCAAGGAUCCCAGUAAAAUUCCAGAUUGGUUAAAGAUUAAUAAGAAUUAUUAUCCGGAUUUCAUUGUUCCAGACCCAAAGGCAGCACCAGUCUGGGAAAUCACAGGUGCUGAAUUCUCUAAAGCAGAGGCCCACACUGCUGAUGGUAUCUCAAUCCGCUUCCCCCGGUGUACUCGUAUCCGGGAUGACAAAGAUUGGACUACGUCCACUACCCUCCCACAACUCAGGGAGCUGUACCAGGUAUCUAAAGAAAAAUCGGACUUCUUGGUAGUUGCUGCAGAAGAGGAGACCUCCACAGCGGGCAGCAGCGGAGAGACUGAAGGCCAGCCCAAGUUAUCUUCUCCUCAGAAGGCAGCAAAACAGCAUUCCAGGAAGUCCCCUGCGAAAGCCAAGAAGCCUGAAGCCAGCAAACUAGUAGAUAAAUCUCCACUGAAGAAAACUGAGGGAAAGCGAGCAGAAAAAAGAAAAGCACCUGAGAUGGAGGGGGACAAAAGAAAGCUGCUACUGGACAUAUUUACUGGGGUUAAGCUUUAUCUUCCUCCUUCCGUGGAGGGUUUCAGGAAACUCAAGCGUUAUUUCGUAGCCUAUAAUGGAGACCUGGUUCAAGAGUAUGAUGCCACUUCAGCAACACAUGUGAUGGAGAGGAUGGAAGACAACCCAGCUGCUAAGCAUGUGUCCCCUGAGUGGAUUUGGGAAUGCAUUCGAAAGAGAAGACUGGUGACUCCAUGCUAGAUUAUCUGUUGUAAGCAAAUAGCUCCCGUGGAAAAAAAAUUAGAUUUAGAGACUCAAUUGCAUCCAUUAAAUGAGCACCAUCUGGAAUGAAUUAAGUACCUAAUGAAAAACUGACUUUACAGCAAGCAAUUUAAAAUAUUUCCAACUAGUUUUUAAUGUCUUAAGGUUUUUUUUUAAUGAAAAAUAGGAAUAAAACUUUAUCUGGAACCUCCCUUUCCUAAUUUUCACUCAGUGAUAGCACCAAUGUUGUCUAGUUGGGUGAUGAAACGUCUGCAAGAAAACAAUCAAGCUUAGAGAACACCAAGGACCCCACAUAUCACUCGGUUGUGCCAUAAAUCAGUUCUUCAUAACAGAAUGUUGUGCAGAAAUUUUGUACAUAACUUUUUAAAGAUCAAUUUGGCACU